AGGUCGGCCGCGCUACGCUUCGGUGCUCGGGUGGUUGCGAUCGUUCCUUUUGAAGUUCUCUAGACGCGACAAAGGUUGUUUCACGCGUUGUCGAAGCGCCGAGAUGGUGGUGUACUGCUCGGUACCGCAAUGCAACACCUACCACGGUGAGACGGGCGCAAGUUUUUAUUAUUAUCCGCGCGACAGGAAAGUCAGAAAGGAGUGGCUGACCAAGUUGAAAAUGGGCAAGACGAACUCGAAAAGCUCUCGCGUAUGUAGUAAGCACUUCGAUGAAAGUGACUUCGUGUACCCUGUGGGCUACAAGGUGCUCGGCUGGAAGAGGCGGUGGCUGGCUCCUGGAGCCGUUCCAACCAGUAGAGGUCCUACUACAAGUGUUGCUGCAACAGGGGUGGCUCCGGAUACAAGUGCCGACAUGACAGAGGAAGCAACAAUCACGGGUGUGUUGACUACUGCAGUUGUCUUUCUGCAUCAGUGUCGCUGA